AUGUCACCAGCCCACAUAAACUUUGAACAAAUUCGUAUCUCAACAUUUACUAAUGUGACUCUAUCUUCUGAAACAUUAGCUAAUUCUUCAAUUUCUACAAAUAUUACAUCAAGUAACAAUGAAAACGAUAUUAUUAUCGGUCAUGGUGAAUCUGGUCAACCAUUUGAUAUUCAAAUGAUUCGCAAAGGAAAAGAAAAUCAAAUUGAUUUAAUUGAAGUUAAAACAACUCGUUCAUCAACACAAAAUACAUUUCCAAUAUCAAUUAGAGAAGUUGAAUGUUUAAUAUCAAAUCAAAAUAAUUAUCAUAUUUAUCGAGUUUAUUAUUCCAAUGAUGAAAUAUCUUCAACAAUAACUAUUCUUAGUCAAAUUAAAUAUAAUUUAGAACAAAAACAUCUGUCACUUUCCAUAACAAUUCCAUCGUAA